AUGGCGCUGUGGGAUAAGCUGCCGCCGCUCAAUGAGCAGGCCCACAAAUUCCAGCCCGUCGACAAACUGAAGGGCACGCUGAGCAAGAAGGCACUGGACGCCUUCGCUCCACGGCACAAGCACGUCCAGGACCCAAGAAUGAAGCAGGCCAUCGUGAUCAUGGACAAGAUGAUUACCAAGGUCAUGCUUGUCUGCGCCUUCCCGAACAUUGUAGACGAAAUGCAACACUACAAAUUGUUGCUUGGCAGAGAUUUGACAGAGAAGUUCGUGGAGUACGACAAACUUGCACGCCAGUACGACAGAUGUGGCAUAGUAAAUGCCUCAAGGAAUCCAGCUACGUGGUCAACUGAGACGCUGAAAUCGAUUUGUCAGGGGAAACAGGUAAGUCCGUCUACUCUGAUGAUUGACCUGUUUGGACCCUAA